CCGCCUUCCGCUCAGCCACUACGUCACUACCCGCACCUCCACAUCCAGCCGACGCCGAUCUGCAUCGAUCAAUCACGAACGAAACGAACAAACCGAACAAACCGAACCGAAGAACCGCGACCGGUUUCCAUUCGAACUGCUGUAACCAUGUCGCUCUUCCGUCUCCGCGCACUGCUACCUUCGACCAGCCGACGCCUCCUUACGCGCUCCUACACGGACGACUGGCGCACGCAGACGGCCUCCAAAUGGACGUCGGACGAAGAAAUCGAGCGGGCGCGGGAGUGGGUCGAGAGCUUCAAAGUGACCGACAUCCCCAAGAAGUCGUGUACGGUCUCGUUCUCGUCCUCGUCCGGUCCGGGCGGGCAGAAUGUCAACAAAUUGGCGACGAAAGCAACGCUGCAUCUGGACCUGACCAAGAAUGCAACCUUCUUGCCGGACUUCGUGCUCCAGAAGGUGCGCGAAAACUCGAGACAUAUCACCCGCGAGGACGAGAUCGUCAUCCAGGCCGAUGGCACAAGGAAGCAGUCCGAGAACCUGGAGGAAGCCUACCAGCGCCUGCAUAAGAUACUGGUCGAGUCCGUGUCGGUCGACGUGCCGGGUGUCACCAGCGCCGAGAAGAAGAAGCGCGUGAAGGAGCUUCAAAAGCAGGAUGAGCGGUUGCGGAGGAAGUUGAAGACGGUGCAGAAAGCAAAGAAAGACUCGCGGCGAAGCAGGCCGAGCGACGACUACUAAGCAGGGUACAGGUACAUGCUAUCGACCACCCAAAACGCCAGUGUGUAUAUAAGAAGUAUCUACAAGAAAAGAAAGCCGCA